AUGUUGAGUCUCACACCGCGAUGGUUUAAGUUGGAUACCGAAAAUAUUGCCGACAGAUUCAGAGGCCUGCGUCCUGUUACGGCUCCUUUUUUGUCCAAUUAUGAGUUUUUGCUCCUCAUUGACCAGCACGCAGUACACGAACGAAUUCGCAUGGAACGAAUACUGAAUGGUAUCGUAUCAUCGUUAUCGUUUGUGUAUGGUAAUUUCCGGCUAUUAAAAUUAAAUUCCAAGAUUGUACGCUCUGUUCUCAUUAUGCCUCAUCUCAGACUGGAAUUGGCGAUGGCCACGUUAGCGGGUAUUGCAAAGUACACCGAUGCCUUCGCCAGAGUAGGACUUCGCUUUAUCAUUCAAAAUCCGGCCGAUGAAGUGGUGAUUGUCACCCAUGUGCCGGCGCUGUUAGUGGAGAAGCACAGAGUGUCCAGUUAUCGGGAUGCACUGCGACUAGAUGUUCAAGUUCUGAUCGAUGAGGCUUUAGAAAUUUUUUGCAAUGCUUCGCCAUUAGCCUUUAUAAUCCCGUCGGUGAUGUACAACUGGAUUGCUACGGCCGCAUGUAGAGGUGCCGUUAUGUUUGGUGAUGCUGUCUUUUGCAUGUAA